AAUCUCUGAGGAACAAAACCAGAGAAAACACACACAGCUUGGAAGAGGCUCACAUUUGUAUUAGGACUGGAUCAGAGUGAGAGAGGGAAGAAGGAGGAGGAGGAGGAGUAAAGUGGGGGACAAAGAGUCCGGAAGUUAAAGAACACAAAAGCAGGCAGGAGGAAGACAGGUGUCAACAGAACUCUGUUGCUCUGAAGGUGGAACCAAAUCUAAUGUUAUACAUUCAAAAGAUGUUGAUUACAAUUAAGUAAAUGGUUUAAAAGAAGAUGCAACUCAAGAGACAGCAGUUGGCCAUCUCUAACUCAAGCACUAGGAGCUAAAUAUAACUGUGACCUUCUCUGGAUUCUACUUUACCAUGAAGAGGAUUGCCAGAUUGAUUUUCCCACUCAUUUUUUUGCUGAUCUGUGAGGUAAAUGGACAGAGGCGCAAACCUCCCAAACCUCCCAAGAAACGUCCGACUCCUUCACUCCCUGAGCCAGUUGAACCGACCGAGUUCCCUCCACCUCUUCCCCCAGGACCACCCUCAGUUUUUCCAGAUUGUCCCCGAGAAUGCUUCUGUCCCCCAGAUUUUCCUUCAGCCAUUUACUGUGACAGCCGCAACCUGAGAAAAGUCCCACUCAUCCCACCCAGGGCCCAGUAUGUGUACCUACAAAACAAUUUCAUCGAUAAGAUCUCUGAAGAAUCUUUCAAGAAUGCGACAGGGCUGCGGUGGAUCAGUUUGGACAACAACCGCAUUGAUUCAGUGGGAUCACAAGUACUACAAAAGUUGGAUAAUCUUGUCUUUCUGUACAUGGAAAAAAACUUCCUUAAGGAAGUGCCCAACAACUUGCCUCCCAAUCUUGAACAACUUAGGCUGAGCAGAAACCGUAUCUCCAAAAUCCCUGAAAAUGUAUUCAGCAAGUUAGAUCAACUCCUCCUUUUAGAUCUUCAUCAUAAUCAACUGGAUAAUGGAGACUUCAAAAAGAACACCUUCAAGGGGCUCAAGAACCUCAUGCAACUCAACCUGGCUCAUAACCGGCUAAGCAAGAUGCCUCCUGGGGUUCCCAAAGCCAUUCACCAGCUCUUUCUUGAUGAGAAUCAAAUUGAUAAUAUCCCCAACAAUUACUUCAAAGAUUUCUCCAAUUUGGCCUUCAUCAGGCUUAACUAUAAUAAACUGUCUGACAAAGGAUUGCCUAUCGACACUUUCAACAUCACCAAUUUGCUGGUUUUGCAUUUGGCAUACAACAACCUCACCAGCAUCCCCUAUAUCAGCCCCAAGUUGGAGCACCUCUACAUGAAUGACAACUCAAUUCAAAAAAUCAAUGGGACUCAGAUAUGCCCCACUUCUCUGGUCUCUCUUAAUGCAGCGUCUUCAGAUCUUGAAAAUGUGCCACGUCUUCGCUACCUGCGCCUUGACGGCAACCUACUGAAGCCACCCAUCCCUUUGGACCUGAUGCUGUGUUUCCGACUCUUGCAGUCGGUUAUAUAUUAAGCCUUGCAGCAAUUGCCACUACUUGGAACUUUGGCUUUGCACAGUGACUUGAUUCCAGUCUAUGUUAGACAAGGAGAAUAUACCUUAGCAUCUCUACCCAGGCUUUUCCUGCUCCACUCUGCUUCAUUCUUCUUUGGCUGCUGGAAGCUCUGUGCUUUGUGCAGCUCUCUUUUAUACAGCAUUUUAUGGAUGCUUUUUGCCCCUCAAAUGUUGCAAGGAGUCUUCUGAGAUAGGUGCAGCCUUCACAGAAGAUCAUGGCAAUAUUACAAUAUUGAUUUCUGCUAUAUUGCCCUUUAUCUAUAUACUAGAGUGAGAGAGAGAGAGAGAAGGAAGCAUGCCUAAAUGUAUUUAGCAUGCAGCAUUUCUUUUACUGCCUUGCUGUCUAGAGCUUCGCAAAGCAUUACUGGCUUUCCGACAUCACCAAGCAUACAAAAUAACUUAGAUUUGUUAUCACUGAAACAAGCAAUAUAACUUCAUUUAGAUGGAUACAACGUUAACGUGCCAUUGUCUAAUGAUGCUGAAUUAAUAGGUGAGGGAUAGUCAGAUUAACAGGUAUAAUAAAUAGCUUUAGCAAGUGUGACCAAAUACACAGUGUACUGUACAUAGCAGGUUGCAUACUGUGCAGGCGAGGCAGUAUGGAGAAGAUGAAAUGAAGAAUAAUGGAGAAUUUUCUUCCUGUUUGUGCUCUUUGGGAAUUAAACUGCUUUGCACUGUGGAAUGUAAUGAGCAGCUAAAUACAGCACGACCUUCAGGACUGGUGAUGACAUGCUUAGCAGCAAUAAGUUAGACGACCUCCUCAUCUUCAUAAAUUUACUCCACAUAGGUUGGCUGAAACUCAAAUGCAGUGCUAAAGAGGAAUAAAGCAAAUCCAGCCCUAGACAGAAAUUGCCACCCAAUAGGGUGACAUACUUGAACAGGACAAAUCCAUCAUUAUCAUGAUGAUUUCAAGAUUAUCUUCACAUCUGAUUCCUCCUCCCCAAGUUGCACCUAUGGAUUAUGUCAUUAAUCAAUGGAGCAAUCUGUACUCCUUGAGGACCCAGGGCUUUGCUAGCUUUCUAUGCAUGGUAAUCAGCAGCCUUAGCAACAGUUAUCCAGGCAUAAUGAAGGAAAUUAAUCCUCCCCCUUUGUUACACUAGAAAUGUCGCUGCCCUCCUGAUAAAGUCAUACAAGUGGAGGAUCAAUAAAUAAAUGUUAAAUUGUACUUGAAAAAUAUUUUAGCAGUGGCUGGAACCACAGUACCUAUGGUUGAUAUGAUAUCCAUAAUACCAAAACAUGGCAUACAUAUUUAAAACCUCAUCCACAUUUCUAACACAGAAUCUUGCAAGAUCAGAGCAUUCAUGCCUUUAGUCAUUUUUUAUUUUUAUUUUUUUUAAACUGGGGAUAUUGUGCCAAAUCUUAUGAUGGUACUCCAAAAUGUUGUUGAUCUGUGAGCUCUAACAGUGUGCAAAUGUAAGUAAAUGCAAAUAAUCAAGUAUUAGCAGACUUACCGUAUGGUGUACAGGGACAAAAAUCUCUGUUAUGGGAAAGCCAGAAGGAGCUAUUUAACAUGGUCUUCCCAUUUCUUGUGCUAUUCUUUGUUUGUGUUAUAUUUUGAAUAUAGAAAGAAUAAAGCUGUUCAGUAACAGGCAAUGAAGUACAAAGUAAGUAAUCCUUUUUUUAAAAAGCACUUGCAGAGCACUAAUUCAGAGACACACCCAAACAAUGUGAGCUCUUUUUGGGUACUCUGGAUGAAAUUAUGAAAAACAUACAGAUCACAUUAAAGAAAAUGUUUCUGCUUAAACUUUUUAUGAAAGCUCAUCUGGGAACAAAGCCUUCAGACUCACUGAGAAAAUGUCUCAGUGAAAGUACCACCCUGUACAAAAAACAAAAUACAUGUUUUUUUUUAAAGCACAAUAUGAAUUUUUACUGAAUCAGCAAAAUCAAAGACAAGCCAAAAUCAAAGCUACAAGAAUGAUAGUCACAUGAUCAUCCAUUUACCAGAUGAAUUUUGUAUCAUACAGCAAUCACUAUGUUAUUUACCCUCCCAGUUGGGCCCAAGGGGAUUUCUACAAAUAAAUACGAUGCUAGAAUGUAAUGUAGUUUAAGCCAGUGCCUUUCAAGUUGUUUUUAAAACAUUGCUUUAAAACAGAUCAGCUUCCUAAUAUUUUACAGCAACCUUUUAUUUUUCAGAAGUAAGAAUGGACAGAGAGCACCGGUAUUGCUAAAGAAGGUCUCUGAACACCUUUGUGGCCACAGGUAGCCAUUCCUUUUCCUAAUUUUAUUAUCCAUUUAUUUUCCAUUUUCCCAUUAGAUCAGUUUGUCUGUUUUGAAAUCAACCGAGUCCUCUCAGAGUCUCCAAAUGUCAACUGUCCCUUCCUCAGGGGAACAUUACACUUUGCAUUACCCUUUGCAACAUUUUACAAAUUAAAGAGGCUUCACAACUGAGAUUGUUAUUAUUCUUAUGGUUGAUCACAGAGUCAGCCAGAUGUUUAGACUGGAUUUGGCUUUUUUAUCCAUCUUCCCAUAUUGUUUGAUGGUGUUAAAGGUAUCUUCGCAGGAUGUAAGCUUUUCCAGGUAAAGCUGCCUUUUGCAAUUGACUGAUGGGGAUUUUUUAUCACUAUUAAUGGUGUUCAAGCGAUGCUCCAUAGGUUUUCGAAUUGCAUCCAAGGAACCUAUUAUUAUGGGUACUAUCUUUGCUUUCUUUUGGCAUAGUCAUUCUAUUUCAAUUUGCAAGUCUUUGUAUUUUAUUAUUUUCUCCUGCUUUUCUAUGUUGCCAAUCUUAGGUGCUUCAAUAUCCACUAUCCUGAUUUUUAUUUUUCUUAAUGACAAUUCUUUAGCAAAACUGUCAUUAAAUGGACUGUGUGGCCAGUAUUCGUCUGUUGGAAUUCUAAAGUCUCAGAGCAUUUUAAUCUUUUUAAUGUACUGGCCAUGUAAUAUGUUGUUUUCCCAUGCCUCUUUUCUGUUCUUCAUUUGGGUUUCUUGUAGACCAGUUUGGUCCAGUAUGCAAUAAGAUUUUCUGGUAUAUUAGCUUCGCAGCAUUUUCUUUACUGUCCUUCAGAUAUUCUUCCAAUGCCAUUUUUUCUUAUUCUACAUCUGAUGUAUGUACAACAUUCCAUGUCCACCUAUUUUUCUUGGUAAGUAGAGUUUGUCAAUGUCACCCCGAGGGUGAAGAGCAUGAUUCAUUGUCAUUAUUUUCCUAGCCUUCCUAUCCAGAGCUUUUAGCCCUGCUUAACUCUAAUCCAUUAUUCCAUUUGUGUAUCUAAGGACUGGAAUUGCCUAGAUGUUAAUUAUUUUGAUGGUAUUUCCUUCACUGAGUUUGGAUACAUCCAUGUAAAGGAGGUGGGAUAGCCUGGCAAAUGUUUUUAAUGUUUGAUAGCAAUGGCCUGAGUUAUUCAGUAUCGUUGACAGAGGAAUCAGUGCAUUGACAAACAGUAGUGCUUAUAGUAAGUCUCCUUGAAGGAUUCCUCUCUUGACAUUAACCUGUCUCAAUCUGUCACAAUUGACCAGCAACUCUGUCUUCCAUUGCACCAUUGAUCUUUGCACAAAGCUUCUGAGAUUUCUACUGAUACCUGUUAUUUCUAGGCAUUUGAUUAUCCAAUCAUGUGGCAGGAUAAAAUGCUUCUUGUAAUUAAUUCACACUACAUUGAAGCUGAUUAUCCUUCUUUUGCAGUUUUCUAGAAUCUUGCCAAUUAGGAGCUGAUCUUUUGUUCCUCUGCUGUUUCCUUUCUGUUUAGGUGGAAAGAGCUUGUUUUCAGUCAGAUGUUAUCAGACUGCAUCAGAUACCAUACCAGUUAGUAAUUUGAAAGUUGUUGGUAAGCAGUUAAUUGGCCUGUAGUUUCCUGGUCUUACCCCUUUUGCUGGAUCGUUAUCAGAUAGGUUUUCUAGAUGUUAACUAAUCUUCAAUUUCACCUUCUUGCAGUAUGUUGUGUCAUUAUUUUUCUACAGCAAUUCUUAUGCAUAUAUAGUAUAAAUCCUUAUCUUGAUGGCAAAUUUUAUGCAAUGUUAGAUGCACUUUUUAUAUUUAACAUUUGUAUAUUUUAAAAUACAAAUAGUAGAUGCUGGAAGUUGGUCAUUAUGAGAUACAGUAUGGCAAGCAGGCAAUAAAAGUCUGCCUGUCCUCACUCAUCCUGUCCUUGUAAAAAUGACUUAUUGGAGGAUACCUUCUAAGAGAAAAUUUCCUGUAGGCACUAAGGAGUUUUGGUUGCCUUUUAAAAAAUACAGAGAAUAAGUGUGAAAAAAUAGAUAAUAUCAAACCCUUCAUCAGGUCUGCAAGAUACAUUUUUAUUUCUCUUGUAUUAUGCUAAAAAAGAAUUAAAGUUGGGAAGGUGCAGUACAGUCAAGGUAAUAGAAUAAGAAUCCCUAGGUUAUCCAGGCUCAAUAAGCAAAUCACCAGAUCCAAUGUCUACAUGGAAGGUUACAUGCUUUUAUAUUUAAACUGUUGCGCUACCUGAUCUGGGCUGCAAACAAUUGGAUAACUAUUAAGAUAGCAGUGAAAAAAAUUCAGUUAGGAGGGGAAGGGGAGUUGUAUGCAGGGCAUCCCAACUGUAUUUUGAGACAUCCUAUAUCAUUACUGUUAUCUAGUGGUCUCCUGGACUUUUAUAGGUCAGAUUUGUAUCCCUUUGUUAAGCCCAUUUAAGGGCUGACACAGUCCAUGAUUCUGACAUCGCAGUCAAAACAGACUUAUUUCAAGAUGCUUAUGUUCUAGCUCCUUUCCCCUUCCCUCUCCUUUCUUGCUUCAAAAAAGACAAAUUAUCCAAUAUCAUGAAAGCUUCUCCUUUCCUGGAACACUGUCUUUCUGUGUCAUUACAUUAAAGGCAUUAAAUCUCUCACUUGUAAGUUCAUCCUAUGUCUGUAACCCACAACAGUGUUUCUAUUGUGUAUUUUCUUCAUAAAAAGGUAGGGUUAAAUGUG